GUUAGUAAUCCUGUACACCAGCACCUCACAGUACACCGAAGUCUAAAUGCGCCACGUCAACGAUAAAGUGAUGCAUCACCCACUGCUUGUGUUUUCACAAGUUGCAACUAAGAAUAAGAAAUCUCAACAACCUAGGCUCGUUCGCAUUGGAAAAUUGCUCUAUAACUUUUUUUUCCAUUUUUCUCUGUCGCUAAUUGUUUGGAACCUGAAUUCGAAGUGAAGAAGAAGAGCGCAGCAUCGAAAGAGAAAAGGAAGUAGCAACAGUAAACAAACAAAGAGUAAGAAAGGUGUUUACGUCACUGUGUUUAGUUCUGUUGGUGGAUGCUACCAUUACUGAAGAAUUCUGAUCUGUAGUAAAACGCAACCGCGAUUGAAUUGAAUAUACCGAAACAGAAAAAACGACACGCAGUUUUUGAGUUUUGGAUCCGAUCGAUCAACGAUGCUGUCAAAUCACAUACAUAACGGCAUCGAAACGGCGAGACUCGCUUGGUCACAGAUUCCGAACUCGGAGGAAUCACAGUUCGUCGAUGACGGCGUUGGCCUCCUUAAGAAAAACGAUGGCAGCGCCGUUGAGAGUCUUGACUAUGAAGUCAUUGAGAAUUUUGCUUAUCGAGAAGAACAGGCGCACAGAAGAAGGAAACUGUACGUGAGUUACUUGCUGGUGGUGAAAUGGUUCUUUGCGUUACUCAUUGGCAUUUGUACUGGACUUGCUGCUGUUUUCAUCAAUAUUUCUGUUGAAAAUUUUGCUGGCUGGAAGUACUCGGUGACAUUUAAUAUAAUUCAGAAAUCAUAUGUUGCUGGAUUUAUCGUAUAUAUCCUGAUCAACUUGGUUUUAGUGUAUUCCUCUGUAUAUAUCGUCACACAAUUUUCACCAGCAGCUGCUGGAUCUGGUAUUCCGGAAAUCAAGGGUUACUUAAACGGAGUUGAUACUCACGGCAUCCUUCUUUUCAGAACUUUGAUUGGAAAGAUAUUCGGAAGCAUUGGUUCAGUGGGAGGAGGGCUUGCUUUGGGCAAAGAAGGUCCUCUAGUCCAUACUGGUGCUUGUAUUGCUUCAUUGCUUGGACAAGGUGGAUCUACUAAGUAUCAUCUAAAUUCAAGGUGGUUUAAUGUAUUCAAAAGUGACCGGGAUCGCCGUGAUCUUGUAACUUGUGGGUGUGCAGCUGGAGUUGCUGCUGCAUUUAGAGCUCCAGUUGGCGGCGUAUUGUUUGCAUUGGAAGAGGUUACAUCUUGGUGGAGGAGUCAACUAAUGUGGCGUGUCUUUUUCACUUCUGCUAUUGUGGCUGUUGUGGUACGAACUGCGAUGGGGUGGUGUAAGAGUGGAAAAUGUGGACAUUUUGGAUCAGGCGGAUUUAUAAUAUGGGAUGUAUCAGAGUUAAGAUCUGAGCUAUCACCUUUUUUACUAUCAGUUCAGAGUUUUCUUCCAUUCCUCUUCUUGACUGGUUUUAUUUUCAGUGGUCAAGAGGAUUACUCGUUUGCAGAGCUAUUUCCAAUGGCAAUUAUUGGGGUUAUUGGAGGUCUACUAGGAGCUUUAUUUAACCAACUUACACUCUAUAUUACUACUUGGCGUCGAAAUCGUCUUCACAAGAAAGGGAACCGAGUCAAGAUCAUUGAAGCAUGCCUUGUCUCCGUUCUAACAUCGGUCAUUUCUUUUGGCUUGCCGCUUCUAAGAAAAUGCAGUCCAUGCCCUGAAUCUGAUCCUGCAUCUAGUAUUGAAUGUCCACGACCUCCUGGAAUGUAUGGGAAUUAUGUUAAUUUCUUUUGUAGCAAGGAAAACGAAUACAAUGAUCUUGCUACUAUUUUCUUCAACACACAGGAUGAUGCUAUAAGGAAUUUGUUCAGUGCCAAAACAAUAAACGAGUACAGUUCCCAAAGUUUGUUAACCUUUUUGGUUAUGUUUUAUGCUUUAGCUGUUGUGACGUUUGGUACUGCCGUGCCGUCUGGUCAAUUUGUUCCUGGUAUUAUGAUAGGAUCAACAUAUGGGCGUCUUGUUGGCAUGUUCGUUGUUAAAUAUUACAGAAAACUCAACAUUGAAGAGGGAACAUAUGCUUUGCUAGGAGCUGCAUCAUUUCUUGGAGGUUCAAUGCGAAUGACAGUGUCUCUAUGUGUCAUUAUGGUUGAAAUCACUAAUAACUUGAAACUUUUACCCCUUAUUAUGCUUGUUCUUCUCAUAUCGAAGGCUGUUGGUGAUGCUUUUAAUGAUGGCAUCUAUGAUGAGCAAGCUCGAUUGAUGGGCAUCCCAUUACUAGAAUCAAAGCCUAAAUAUGAGAUGCGGAAUAUGACAGCAAAGGAGGCCUGUGGGAGUGGAAGGGUUGUCUCUCUCCCUCGUGUUGUUAAGGUUUCAGAUGUAGUUUCCAUUCUGCAGAGCAACAAACACAAUGGCUUUCCGGUGAUUGAUCACACAAGAAGUGGAGAACGACUUGUGAUUGGAUUAGUGCUUCGGAGUCAUUUAUUGGUCAUUCUGCAGUCUAAGGUUGAUUUCCAGCAUAGUCCAUUACCCUCUGAUCCAAGAAGUGCGGGAAGGUCAAUAAGGCAUGAUUCUGGUGAAUUCGCCAAGCCUGUUUCUAGUAAAGGAAUAUGUCUUGAUGAUAUACAUCUAACAUCAGAAGACCUGGAAAUGUACAUAGAUCUUGCCCCAUUUUUGAAUCCCUCACCAUAUAUUGUACCGGAAGAUAUGUCUCUGACAAAGGUAUACAAUCUUUUCCGCCAACUUGGUUUGAGGCAUUUAUUUGUUGUUCCUCGUCCAUCACGUGUUGUUGGUUUGAUAACCAGGAAAGAUUUGUUAAUUGAGGACGAAGAAAACAUGAAUACAUUAGAGCUCCAGUCAGCUAGUGUAAGAAUUGAGCAUCAGAUUAAAAGAUUGACGACAAGGAAUGCAGAUGUGGAGCGUCCUUUGCUGAGCGACCUUCUGGCUUAGAAUCAGAUAUCUGACAAUACUGCGUGCAGCUUUCCCAAAGUCGUUUCCGCAUACAAUUUUCCUUGCAGAUCAUUCUUUAUUAUUUAUUGUAUUCAUGUUCAAAUAGGUUAGAUAACCCAUUGUAUUGGAAAUGGGUUGCAGGGAGUAUACCCUAGAAUUUUGUAUAUUAUCCACUAGAAAUGGUAGCAGAAUUCAUGAUCAUAUAAUAUAAUCUAUGUAGUUUCUCUCCACUUCUUUUUCGGUUGAGGUCAAUGUUGCGAUUUAGCCAAUGCAUCAUUUUCUUUCUUUCUUUUAACGAAGUUAUUUGCCCAAUUCAUCGUACUAAUUAGCGGCAUUUUUUAAAUCACUUUUUAAAUCAUGUUUCUCUAGACACCUUGUGUUAGGGUGUGUGAAAAUUGAGUCCUCGAGAGAAGAAUGAAAUAUUGACGGUUGUUUAUUAGUUAGUUUAAGGAAGAUUAAACUGAUCAAUGUCAAAAUCAAUUGAAUUUA